AUGGAAUUGGACACAGGAUCUGGAGUUACAGUCGUUACAGAGGAAGUGUAUAAGGGACACUUGAAAAGCAGACCGUUAUUUGACAGUGAAUGGCUUCGUGAAAUCACACUCGAUUGCUCAAACAUGUACCAUGAACGCACACAAGUGGAUUCCAAGUCUAAUAUUUGUUCAAGUGUACAACAAAUGCUGGAGCCAAUAAUGGAUGCCCAUCCGUCAAUCUUCAAAGAUGACUGGGGGUCACAUCCAAAAUUUUGCAAGGCCAGGACAGUACCUUAUGCCAUUAAACCCAAGGUCGACGAGGAAUUGGAUCGUCUAGUCAGUGCUGGAACCUUACCCAAAAUCAUCUACACUGAGUGGGGUACACCAAUUGUCCCUGUGAUCAAACGCGACGACUCAGUGCGAUUAUGUGGUGACUUUAAAGUAACCCUUAACCCAAUGUUGGAGGUUGACCAAUACCCAUUACUGCGUACUGCUGAUAUUUUUGCAUCAUUUGCAGAUGGCCAGAGGUUUUCGAAACUGGACUUACAGCAUGCCUAUCUCCAAAUGGAGGUGGAGGAGGAUUCCAAAGAUUUACUUACCAUUAACACUGAAAAGGGACUAUACAAGUUCAAUCGGCUCAUUUACGCUAUUGCGUCUGCACCAGCGAUAUGGCAACGUGCCAUGGAUACUGUUCUCCAAGGUCUACAAGGAGUUCAGUGCAUCAUCGAUGAAAUGUUGAUUACAGGAAAACAGAUGAGGAACAUUUACAAAAUCUGGAAGCGGUUUUCGAGCGGUUAG